CUCUCAUGCUUCCUCCCUCCCUCCCUGUUUCUCUCUCUACAAAAAAAAUAAAUAUUCAAUCCAUUUUUUAUUUAUUUAAUUUCUUAUGUCAUUCACUCGUAUCAUAUGCAAUGCAGCAGUUAGAUAGAGAGAGAAAGAGUAAGAGAGAGAAAGAGCUUCGUUGUCCAAAUAGAAUUCGGUACAGAUCUCUGCUUCGUUGGACUCUUCGAACCCCCCUCACAAAUUCCAUCUCUUUCAAUCAAAUUUACCUCAGUAUCUCCUUCUGUUUAUCAAUCAUCUCUUUUUAUCUUCUUCCCGACCUGUGUUUGUUUACUGAGCAAGGAAUUUUGCCUCUGUUGUUGCUUCUGAUUUUGAUUGAAAUUUGGUGAUAGUUAGGGUUUAUGGAUGGUUUGGGGAUUGAGAGUUUGAUGCAAAAUUCAGGAGGAUUUUGACUUCGGUUCCUUUCUCGGAUUGCUUAGUUUUCGAGAGGAUGAUUAUUAAGAGGAAGUUGAAAUCCCAAAUGCCGACUCUUAAACGUUGCAAAGUCAGCGGCUCGGCGGCUGACGACGAAGAUAGCUCCGCGGCUAGGAAGAAGCGUAAGGUUAAUGGCUAUUAUCCUCUUAACCUGCUAGGAGAGGUCGCCGCGGGGAUCAUUCCAAUCGGUCUCCACGGAAUUCUUUCCGCCCGCGCUGGUCAGGCAGCGGAGAAGGGUGGUUACACUGCGUCUUGGUGUACUGAAGUGUCCUGCUCACCUGGUGAGGUUGAGUCGAAAUCUAAGGGCCGUGAUUCGUCCAGAGCAACCAGAAUGAAUAAGAAGGCGGAGGUUUCGCGGCCACCACUGGUGAGGACCUCGAGGGGCCGCGUUCAGGUACUUCCUUCACGGUUCAAAGACUCUGUAAUUGAGAAUUGGAAGAAAGAGAGCAAGACUAACGUGCGUGACGAUGCUGUUGAUGACGAUACUGAAUGUGGAAACGAUAAAUUCAGCUUCAAAACACCAAAACUCAGUAGCAUGAAUGUUAAAGCUAAGCGGAAUGGCGAGAGAAUUGGAAAUAAGCAUCUUAAGUAUUCCACAUUGCGUGAGGAAGAGGAAGAGGAAGAAGAGGAAUUAGGUUUCAGGAAUUUUAAUUCAAAGAAGUAUGCUAGUUCACGUAGUACAUUAACAUCGCUAAAUGAGCAACUGCCAGAAGAUGAGAAGGGCCCGGUUAUAGAGAUUGAGGAGGAGGAGCAAAUUGCUUUGAGUAACAGGGAGAAGAGUGGCGAAAGGAAAGAUGGGCUGUAUGGCCCAGAGGAUUUUUAUUCUGGUGACUUAGUGUGGGCAAAGUGUGGAAAAAAGUAUCCUUUUUGGCCUUCAAUUGUGAUUGAUCCAAUGACACAGGCACCGGAGCUGGUCUUGAGGUCUUGUAUACCUGAGGCAGCUUGUGUAAUGUUUCUUGGGCACUUUGGAAAUGAAAAUGAAAGGGAUUACGCUUGGGUCAAAAGAGGGAUGAUAUUUCCGUUCAUAGACUUCGUGGACAGGUUCCAGGAACAGCCUCAAUUGAGUGGCUCCAAACCUGGUGAUCUCCAGCAUGCAGUAGAGGAGGCAUUUCUGGCAGAACAGGGCAUUGUGGAGAAGUUGUUACAUGUUAUUAAUAUUGCUGCAGGGAACCCAACGUAUGUUGACUCUGCUGUUAGAUGGGUUCCAGAAGCUAGUGGUUCAAACCAGGAUCAAGACCUAUACUUUCCCAAUCAGGAUGUGAAAAGUAAAGACACGCGGCCCUGUGAAGGCUGUGGCAUGAGCCUUCCUUUGCAAAAGAAAACAAAGGCUUCAACUCCUGCGAACCAGUUCUUCUGUAAAACAUGUGCUAGGUUGACAAAAUCAAAACACUUCUGUGGCAUUUGCAAGAAGGUGGAACAUUCCGACAGUGGAAGCUGGGUACGUUGUGAUGGUUGUAAAGUUUGGGUCCAUGCAGAAUGCGACAAAAUCUCCAGCAACCGCUUUAAGGACCUGGAGGCUACUGAUUAUUAUUGUCCCAGUUGCAAAGCAAAAUUCAAUUUUGAGCUGUCAGAUUCUGAGAAACCACAUUCGAAAGCCAAAUUAAACAACACUAAUGGCAAAUUGGUGCUGCCGAACAAAGUUACUGUUGUGUGCUCUGGCGUUGAAGGCGUAUAUUUUUCGAGCCUCCACUUAGUUGUAUGCAAGUGUGGGUACUGUGGUCCGGAAAAGCAAGCACUUAGUGAAUGGGAACGACAUACAGGCUCCAAAAUGAGAAAUUGGAGGACCAGUGUUCGGGUGAAAGGUUCCAUGCAACCUCUAGAACAAUGGAUGCUGCAGUUGGCAGAAUAUCAUGAAAAUGCCCUUGUUUCUAGCAAACCUCCGAAACGACCUUCUGUGAAGGAGCGAAAGCAGAAGUUGCUUAAAUUUUUGCAAGAAAAGUAUGAACCAGUUUAUGCUAAAUGGACCACGGAACGAUGUGCUGUUUGUAGAUGGGUUGUUGACUGGGACUACAACAAAAUAAUUAUCUGCAACAGAUGUCAAAUAGCUGUUCAUCAAGAAUGCUACGGGGCAAGAAAUGUAAAGGAUUUUACUUCAUGGGUUUGCAAAGCAUGUGAAACACCUGAUGUCAAAAGGGAGUGUUGCCUUUGUCCAGUAAAAGGUGGUGCUCUGAAACCAACUGACAUUGAAACAUUGUGGAUUCAUGUUACAUGCGCUUGGUUUCGACCGGAAGUUUGUUUUGCGAAUGAUGAAAAGAUGGAACCUGCUGUUGGGAUCUUGAGUAUUCCAUCAAACUCUUUUGUUAAGAUCUGCGUUAUUUGCAAACAAAUUCAUGGCUCGUGCACUCAAUGUUGCAAGUGUUCCACUUAUUACCAUGCAAUGUGUGCUUCAAGAGCUGGCUACCGCAUGGAGUUACACAGCCUGGAAAAAAAUGGUAGACAGAUCACAAAAAUGGUCUCCUAUUGUGCUUAUCACAGGGCUCCAAAUCCAGAUACAGUUUUGAUCAUACAGACUCCUUUAGGGGUUUUCUCUGCUAAAACCCUUGUUCAAAAUAAAAAGAAGGCUGGUUCGAGGCUAAUUUCAUCAAAAAUAGGGAAACUUGGAGAAGUGCCAACAGUAGAGAUGACAGAGGAUGACCCAUACUCUGCUGCAAGGUGUAGGGUUUUCAAAAAAGUGAACAAUAACAAGAAGAGAACAGAAGAAGAAGCUAUUGCACAUCGAGUGACAAGACCUUGCCAUCAUCCUCUAAGCACAAUACAAAGCUUGAACGUAUUCCGAGUGGUAGAGGAACCCAAAAUCUUUUCUUCUUUCAGGGAACGACUUCACCACUUACAGCAAACUGAGAAUGAUCGAGUUUGCUUUGGUAGAUCGGGAAUACAUGGAUGGGGCCUUUUUGCUCGCAUAAACAUUCAAGAAGGAGAAAUGGUCCUUGAAUAUCGAGGAGAACAGGUCAGACGAAGUGUAGCUGAUCUAAGGGAGGCACGUUACCGAGCUGAAGGAAAAGAUUGCUAUCUGUUUAAGAUAAGUGAAGAAGUGGUGGUAGAUGCCACUGAUAAAGGAAACAUAGCGCGGUUAAUCAACCAUUCGUGUAUGCCCAAUUGUUAUGCAAGGAUCAUGAGUGUGGGUGAUGAUGAAAGUCGGAUCGUACUUAUCGCCAAGACUAUUGUAUCUGCUGGUGACGAGCUAACGUAUGAUUACUUGUUUGAUCCUGAUGAGCCUGAGGAAUUCAAAGUCCCGUGUUUAUGUAGAGCUCCAAACUGUCGAAAAUUCAUGAAUUAGGAUACACACAGCGCACAGUGAUAUUGUUUCUCCACAAGGAGCACUAACACCUAUUACCUGCAGGCAUUUGGGCAAAUUUGUUGACACAAUUUAAUCCUCCAAUAAAUGAAAGCCAACCCUUUCGAUCAUAGCUGGAGACCUGCUUUCAAAAGGACUCCGAAUGAAUAGAGGUGUAAAGUGGGCUGGCCUAGCCCGGAACAGUCCACAGGCGGCCCGCGAGGUUCAAGGGUUUGUGAAGAAAAGUGUGGUGACCAUGAUGGAGGUCUUUAUUCCUUCCGACAAGUUGGAUUAGACUAUGUAUAGAUUCGGCAUAGCUCAUAAGCCCAACAAUAAUAUGAUAUUGUCUGCUCUCGAUCGAAAUCCUCAUGGAUUUGUUCCUCCAAGCCCAACAUCCUUGCUUAGACACUCUGCUUCUUCGUCAGCUCCAUAUGGCAAUACAUGUUUGCUUAGAGUAUUUCUAGGAGACUACAACUCUUCCAGUAGUAAUGACAAAUUCACUUUUGUAUUUUGAAUCUUUAGCAUUGGAUAUACAAUUGGCAUCACUAUACCCUUCAAGUACAUAUUUUAAGGUGUAUCUCAAAUAUCUGAGAACUCUUAUAAUAGCUUUCUAGUGAUCCUUUCCAGGAUUACUUGUAUACCUACCAGUAACUCUUGAAUAUUCUAUUUGAGAUAUCACGUUACCA